CCCCUCACACUGCACAUGCACGCACUACUCACGAUUGUUUUCUCCACGCCCCAACUCUGAGUAUACCCCGCACAUCUAUGGCCCCUAAGACUGUCGAGGAGCAGCUCGCCGAGCUUGAGUUUGAGGCUCAGGCGCCGCCCAAAGCGCCGCCCAAGAGCUCGACCAAGGCCAAAGCUGCUCGCGGGAGUUCUGAACGCGAGAUUGACGCCCUCAAGGAGCUCGAGGAACUUGAAGCGCUCGAGAAAUUUGAGAGACCUGAACCUGCUAGGCCUUCUAGUAGACCAAACACCCCCAAACUUCGCUCUUCGUCCACCACCAGCAGGAACCGAUCACCGAGAAGGACGGGAAUAGCUACGCCUUCGUCUACAGGCUCUACGCGCACGAGCGAAGAUAACAAGCAGCAGCAUCCACCACGCAAGUCUGGAGAGAGCACGCGAUCCUUCCACCAGGGCUUCUCAGCAACCGAUGAGGAGCCAAAGGCCGAAGCAACCCCCGAACCGGAGCCAACAAAGGCAACCGGGGGAGGCUGGUGGGGAGGUCUUCUCUCGACUGCCAGUGCGGCAGUAAAGCAGGCAGAAGCUGCCGUAAAGGAGAUCCAGAAGAACGAGGAGGCGCAGCGGUGGGCCGAGCAGGUCAAAGGAAAUGUAGGGGCGCUGCGUGGUAUCGGGGGAGAACUUCGCUCUCGUGCCCUUCCUACCUUCACAAACAUCUUGCACACGCUCGCUCCUCCCAUCUCGCAGCAUGAGCGCCUUCAGAUCCAUAUUACCCAUGAUCUCGUUGGCUACCCCUCACUCGAUCCUAUAAUCUACCAGACCUUCUCUACCGUAAUGUCGCAAGUGGAAGGUGGUGACCUCCUCGUCAUCCAACGCGGCUUAGAAUCCACUCAUCGCCGUGCCUCAGACGCAGGGUACACUGGCGGCUCGAGCGGAUGGAACGACGGCCCAUGGUGGCGUCAAGCUGACAAGCGGGACCUGAGCGUCGUGAAAGGACUCGUGGAGGGCACAAAGCUCGCGCGGGUAAGCGCAGAAGCUUACGCAACCGAUUUCUUUGCGCCGAAAGGAGGUAUUGAAGAAGCUGCGAAGCAAGCGACCGAGAUCCUAAGCGAGAGCAAUCCCGUUCGAAGCAGCGACAUCUUCCUCAGCUUGCAGGCCAUUAGCUACCCUGUGUCGGAGGAUCUGUUUGGCGGGUCGGCUUCUGCAGACGCGGAGAAGACUGGAGGCGUGGAAGAGCCAAAGGAAACCGACGACCUAGUGGCGUUUGCCAUCUAUCUUUACGAUCCUAUUCACAGUAUCACUUUCAAGACCCUCUCCCAAGGUUUCCCGCUCAAGUGGGUUGAAUGGCUGGAUGCUCACGCGCCUCCAACCGAAGCCGGCCAGGAGCAGCAGCUACCGGAGGAGAUAAUGGAGAUCAUCCAGAGUGGCGGUGUUGAUCCUCGAGAGUGGGUCGCUGACUGGAUGGAAGAGGUUAUCAACUUGGGCGUAGGCGUCGUUGCGCAAAGGUAUGUUGCGCGACGCAUGGGCGUUGGUGAAGGAGGUAUUGGAAGAGGAAAGGCUAGGGAGAUGGUGGUAGAAGCAGGAGGGGGAGAGGCCGCGCGGGCUGGUCUCUGAGUGAUUCUCUCCUAUCUCAGUCACAUAAUUCGGCCGUGUCUCUGUUCAAUUAUGGUGCAAAGGCGUGUGU